AUGUCCAUCUCCUCCACUGACACUUGGGGCCAGCUUGGGGCAGAGGCCAAGGCUGCCUCCCUGUGCCUCUCAGCCCCCCUGGCACAUGCCCAAAGAGUCUGUGUGGGGACCACCCCAGGCCGACCCAGCCUCUGUCUGCCGCAUGGCUGCCACACCACUGGCCCCUUGCCAGGCACCUGCAACAUUCCCGGCAACAUUGGGACCUGCGGCCAUGAGAAGGUGACCACGCAGGUCCUGAACGACCUCCUGGCCACCUGCCUGGAGAAGGUGUGCCAGCUGCAGUGGGACAAUGUGGAGCUGGGGACCAAGAUCCAGGAGGUGAGCAAAUGCCAGGAGUCCAGCGUGUGCCUGGGCUGCCAGAGCUACUUCUGGGCCACCGAGGAGCUCCAGCAGAAGAUCCUGGGCAGCAAGGCUGAGAAUACCAGGAUGACUGUAUAAACUGACACCACCAUGCUGGCUGCUGUUGACUUUAGAAUCAAGCACGAGAAUGAGCACUCCCUGUGCCAGGUGGUGGAGGCAGACACAUGCGGGAUGCACAAGUUUCUGGAUGACCUGAGCCUGGCCAAGGCCAGCCUGGAGGCCCAGCAGGAGUCCCUGAAGGAGCAUCUCUGUCUUGAGAGCAACCAUCAGCAGGAAGUGAGCACUCUGAAGUGCCAACUGGGGGACAAGCUCUGGAUUGAGCUGGACAUGGAGCCCACUGUGGAUCCGGGCAGGGUGCUGGAGGAGGUUGGUGCCAUGGUGGAGACCAACCUCUGUGAUGUGGAGCGGCGGUUCCAAGCCCAGUCUGAAGGCAUCAGCCUGCAGGCCACAUCCUGCUCCGAGGAGCCGCAGUGCUGCCAGUCAGAGAUCCUGGAGCUGCGAUGCCCCGUGAACGCCCUGGAGGUGGAGCGCCAGGUUCAGCCUGUGCUGAAAGGCUGUCUGCGGAACUCCCUGCGUGAAGCUGAGGCCUGCUUCAGCACCGAGCUGGCUCAGAUGCAGACCCUUAUCAGCAACGUGGAGGAGCAGCUGUCUGAGAUCUGGGCUGACCUGGAGCAGCGGAACCAGGAGUACCAGGUGCUGCUGGACAUCAGGGCCCGGCUGGAGGGCGAGAUCACCACAUACUGGAACCUUCUGGAGAGUGAGGACUGCAAGAGGGAACCCUGGUUCAGCACACGGGCAUCCUGGGCUCUUAUUCCAGUUCCACUGUGGACUCUGGGCAUGUCGCUGUCCUGUUCAAGGCCUCGAGGGACCUCUAAGGCUCCCCUGCUGCCCGGGCAGGACGUUGGCCUCCAGCACCACCUGCCCAGCCCCUGCAGCCUGUAGCCCCUGCACUCCCUGGCUUUCAGGACCUCCUUGAGCCUCCUGGGGGCCCUGCUCAUGCCCUCAGUGCUGACAUACCUCCUCUGCUAGAGGUACUGGACAACGGGAGACGUCUGCAGCCCCUGUGGCCCCACUCUCCAGGCUUCCUGCCCGAGGCUAACUUCAUCAGCCGGCUGGGCAGGAGACUGAAGCCAGGCGAUGUUUCUCUGCUGUCGGGCUUUCCAGUCCAGUAGCUCAGCCCUGGCCCCUGGAUUCAUGUCUCCUCUCUCAAGGUGCCUCCAUACUCCAUUCCCUCUUUCACUGCCUCCUGGUCUCUCUGAGAUGUGACAGGUAACCUUGUUUUUAUUUUCCCAAUAAACCUCAC